AUGUUCCCUAUACUGAGUCAGUUCUUGAAUUCUGGUCAACAAACAAUCCGAGCCGCGAGAAUAUUCCAAAGAUUUUUAUCUUUGGACCGUUGGGGAUCGAGUUACUUCAAUGGUUUGUACAAGUCUUUUUAUUUCACUAAUCAGUACUAUCCUAGAUACGUCCUGGUUUUUCUGGACCAAGUGUAUCUUGUCUUUACCACGAAUCAUUUUCCUUGGUUAACAAUAAUUGUAGUUUUGCCGAUAUUUAUGGGGUCCUUAAUUUUCUUUUUUCCACAUAGAGGAAAUAGAUCGACCCGAUGGUAUACUAUAUCCAUUUCUAUAUUAGAACUUCUUUUAACAACUUAUGCAUUCUGUUAUCAUUUCGAAUCGGAUGAUCCAUUAAUCCAACUAAUUGAGGAUUAUAAAUGGAUCAAUUCUUUUGAUUUCCAUUGGAGAUUAGGAAUAGAUGGACUCUCUAUAGGACCCAUUUUACUGACGGGAUUCAUCACCACUUUAGCGAUUUUAGCGGCUUGGCCAGUUACUCGAGAUUCGAGAUUAUUCCAUUUCCUGAUGUUAGCAAUGUACAGUGGACAAAUAGGAUUAUUUUCUUCUCGGGACCUUUUACUUUUUUUUCUCAUGUGGGAGUUCGAAUUAAUUCCUGUUUAUCUACUCUUAUCUAUGUGGGGAGGAAAAAAACGUUUGUACUCGGCUACAAAAUUUAUUUUGUACACGGCGGGGGGUUCUGUUUUUCUUUUAAUGGGAGUUCUGGGUAUCAGUUUAUAUGGUUCUGCUGAACCAACAUUAAAUUUCGAAACAUUAGACAACCAGAUCUAUCCUGUGGUCUUGGAAAUAAUAUUCUAUAUUGGAUUUUUUAUUUCUUUUGCUGUCAAAUUGCCAAUCAUACCCCUCCAUACAUGGUUACCAGAUACCCAUGGAGAAGCACAUUAUAGUACUUGUAUGCUUCUAGCCGGAAUCUUAUUAAAAAUGGGAGCGUAUGGAUUAGUUCGCAUCAAUAUGGAAUUAUUCCCUCAUGCUCAUUCUAUAUUUUCUCCUUGGUUUAUGAUAAUAGGCGCACUGCAAAUAAUCUAUGCAGCUUCAACAUCUAUAGGUCAACAGAAUUUAAAAAAAAGAAUAGCCUAUUCCUCUGUAUCUCAUAUGGGUUUCAUAAUUAUAGGAAUUGGUUCUAUCACCGAUAUGGGACUAAACGGAGCCUUUUUACAAAUAAUCUCUCAUGGAUUUAUUGGUGCUGCACUAUUUUUCUUGGCCGGAACGAUUUAUGAUAGAAUACGUCUUGUUUAUCUUGACGAAAUGGGUGGAAUUGCUAUUCCAAUGCCAAAAACAUUCACAAUGUUCAGUAGCUUUUCGAUGGCCUCCCUUGCAUUACCAGGUAUGAGUGGUUUUGUUGCCGAAUUAAUAGUCUUUUUUGGACUAAUUACUAGUCCAAAAUAUCUUUUAAUGACAAAAUUCCUAAUUACUUUUGUAAUGUCAAUUGGAAUGCUAUUAACUCCUAUUUAUUUAUUAUCUAUGUUACGCCAGAUGUUCUAUGGAUACAAGAUAGUUAAUAUUGCAAACUCUUAUUUUUUUGAUUCUGGGCCACGAGAGUUAUUUCUUUCGAUCUCUAUUUUUUUACCCAUAUUAGGUAUUGGUAUGUACCCCGAUUUCGUUCUUUCAUUAUCAGUUGAAAAAAUGGAAGUUAUUCUAUCUAAUUCUUUUUCUAGAUAAUUUUUAGAAAAAACUAAAAUAAACUAAAUUGGAUCAUUUGAAAAGUCUUCAUUGUACAAUGACAAAAAGAAAAGACAGACUUUUUCUUCUCUUAUGUUAAGUAAAAAAAAUGAAAUUUGAACUGGCGAGAAUUCCGCGGAUGACUACAAUGUUUGAUUCACGAGGUUCUCGCCAGUCCACCCAAAGUUUUUUUAUCUUAUAUGUGCUGUAAACGCUUCGAUUCCUACUUGUAAGAAUCACUUUUUCAAUUCAAUUAGAUGUGAAUGAAAAUGAACCAUAUCUAUGUAAUCCUAUUCCUAAUAGAUUGACUCCAAAAUAACAUAUCCAAAUUAAAAGAAAGCCAAUAGACGCUACAAUUGCUGAAUUUGUACUCUGAAAUUUGAUAUUUGUUCGAGUAUGUAAAUAACUCGCAAAUAUGAUCCAAGUAAUAAAAGCCCAAGUUUCUUUCGGGUCCCAACUCCAAUAGGAUCCCCAUGCUUCGUUAGCCCAUACUGCUCCAGAAAGCAUUCCUAUGGUUAAAAAGAGAAAUCCUAGACUAAUAACGCGAUAACUCCAAUAAUCCAAUUCUUGAAUCAAGCGCGACCUGUAAUAAUUUGUUGCAGAAAAAAAAGAACUAUUUUUGAACACAUUAUUUCCUUCGCUCAUAUAUUUAAUUUCACCAACGAAAAAUGACUCAUUUAAAUUUAAUAAAUAAUUACUCGUAUAAAAAAACUGUCUCUUUUUUCUAACUGUAAUGACCAGAAGCGAUACUGAUAAUAAUGAUCCACACAAAAGAGCCGCAUAGCCUAAUAUCAUCAUACUUACGUGCAUUAUUAGCCAUUGGGAUUGAAGAGCAGGCACUAAGAUUGUGGAUUUGUCUAUUUCAGUAAAAAGGCCUGAAGUAGCAAAGCCCUGGGUCAAAAUAGCACUUGGACCAAUUAUUGUGCUUAGAAGAUUUGCAUUUUUUUUGAAAUACGGAACUAUAUGAAUAAGGGAAAAACUCCACGAAAGAAAGAUUAAUGAUUCAUAUAUAUUACUUAAGGGAAAAUGUUCCAAAUAAAUCCAACGAUUCAUUAACAAUCCUGUUAUACAGGAAAAAGUUAUUAUCAAACCUUUUUUAUAUGAAUCAUCCAGUUUUACGAUUUCAUCGAGUAAAAAGGUUAUCAAAUAAACUAUAAGUAUAAUUGAAACGAUCGAAAAAGUAAUAUGGGUUAAUAUAUGCUCUAAAGUUGAAAAUAUCAUAAAAAAUUGCCUUAAUUAGAAAAUCGAAAUAGGAAGUUGAAUUCAUUAUAAGAUCUACUUACUUUCUUUUAGGAGAUGACAUGCCGCCACUCGGACUCGAACCGAGAUGCUCUAGCACUGCUUCCUAAGAGCAGCGUGUCUACCAAUUUCACCAUAGCGGCUUGUCUUGAACUCAUAAUAGCUUGUGACUAAAAAAUCAUCUACAAUUAAGAAUUCAACUGAGUGCAAUAUUUUUUACAAAUUGAUGAAAAAAUCCGUUCAAAUGGGUAUUUGAAGGUUCAUUAUUUUCGUUUAGGGUCUUCGUUUUAUUGUAUAUUUCAUACUUUCCUUCUUUAAAACCAGGAAUUAAGAGGGUAUAACCCCCUCCAAAAAAAAAGAA